UCCCCCCACUAUAUAUAACCUCAUCACCCUCCUCCCUCUUUUCAUCAAAUCAAAUCCAUCUCUUCAUAUAUAUAUAUCCCUCUCUCUUAAAUUAUUCCAAGCAAAAAAAAAAACUUCUCUACAAAAAAAAUAGAAAUGGAAAGUAAUCUACCGGUGAUAUCAAAAAAAGUGUGGAACAUGGUACGUGUGGUAUUCUUCAUGUUAAGAAAAGGCAUAUCAAAGGGAAAAUUAAUGAUGGACCUCAACAUGAUGCUCAAACGUCGCGGCAAGCUCGCCGGAAAAGCCAUUGCCAAUUUAAUGUUCCACCAUCACCACCACAAUCACGGCGGCUCUACAUCGAGCCGCCGCUCCCACGACUCACACCAUCAAUUCACUUCAUCAAGGGAGUAUGAAUUUAGUUGUAGCAACACUCCCAACAACUUUUUCCCAAUUGGGAAACGUCAUCGCCACAAUCACAAUCACACUCACAACCAUUUCUUCACUUGCGCUCAGAUGCCACCUACACAGGAUGAUGAGGUGGUGACCAUGAGCGCAAUGAAGGCAGUGUUGGAGAUGCUUAACACCGAAAGUUUAAUAGAAACAUCUCCAACAUUACCUGGAUUCGGAAAGAGUCCAAUGGUAAGACAAUUGAGAGUGACAGAUUCACCCUUCCCUCUAAGAGAAGAUGAUGAGAAGGACAAUCAGGUUGAUAAGGCAGCUGAAGAUUUCAUAAAGAGGUUUUACAGCCAAUUGAGGAAGCAGGAUUGAUUUAUUAAUAAAUUCAAACUACCUUGUUUAGUUAAUAAUUAAUGUGUCAUCGUUUGUUGUCGAUGUGUAACAUUUUCUUUUUUUGGAUAUUUUCAUGAUAUAUAAUCCCGAGUUGAAUGAUGUUAUUUUGAUUACAA